CCCUCCGGCAACGCCCGGGACCGCCCGGAUUUGCAGUGCGCCCGACUCCCAGCCUCCGCCACCGCAGGUUACAGGGAGUCCGCGCCGCCCGGGGCCUGCCGCCGCGACAUGUCGCAAAAGCCGAAGAGCCGGGGCCGCGCCUGCACCCAGACCGAGCGGGAGUGGGAGCGGAGCGGCGGCGAGGAGGCCCCGAGCACGUCCCGCGGGCCGAGCGGCGCGGCGUCCCAGAGCGGCCGGCGGGCCGAGCCCCACCCCGCGCCGGGGCCGCGGUCGCAGAAGCAGCUGGAGCUGAAGGUGGCGGAGCUGGUGCAGUUCUUGCUGAUCAAGGACCAGAGGAAGAUUCCGAUUCGGCGCGCCGACAUCCUGCGGCACGUGGUCGGGGACUACAAGGACGUGCUCCCCGAGCUGCUGCGGCGGGCGGCCGAGCGCCUGGAGUACGUGUUCGGGUACCGGCUGGUGGAGCUGGAGCCCCGGAGCAACACCUACAUCCUGGUCAACACUCUGGAGCCGGUGGAGGAGGACGCGGAGGUGCGCGGCGACCAGGACACGCCCACCACCGGGCUGCUGAUGAUCGUGCUGGGGCUCAUCUUCAUGAAGGGGAACAGCAUCAAGGAGACGGAGGUCUGGGACUUUUUGCGGCGCCUCGGGGUGUACCCCACCAAGAAGCACCUCAUCUUCGGGGACCCCAAGAAGCUCAUCACCGAGGACUUCGUGCGGCAGCGGUACCUGGAGUACCGGCGCAUCCCGCACACGGACCCCGUGGACUACGAGCUCCAGUGGGGCCCGCGCACCAACCUGGAGACCAGCAAGAUGAAGGUGCUCAAGUUCGUGGCCAAAGUGCACAAUCAGGACCCCAAGGACUGGCCGGCGCAGUACUGUGAGGCUUUGGCGGAGGAGGAGGCCAGGGCUAGACCCCAGACCGGAGGCCCGGCCCCGGCCGCAGCUGCAGCGCCUUCCUCUUGAAACCUGAGACAGACUCGGAGGGACCCUGGAGAAGGGCUGGGGGUGGGAGGAAGCCUCUUGCUCUAACGCUUAAACUUGUGUAGUCGUUUUAGGAAGUGUUUGCAAACUUUUCUUCUUGUAAUAUUUUAAGUCACUUUGGUUCCGAGUUUUCGUUUACAAAACAUUUUAAAGGGUGAUUUAUUUUGAGUUGUUUUACUGCCUGUUUUUUGUUGUUGUUGUUUUGGUAUAAAAAUUUUGCUAGCAUUAUAAAGCGGGUUGGAAAGCUUUGUACCAUGAUUCGGAGAUAGAUAUUUAAGAAAGAACACGUCAGCAAGUUGCUUUGAUGCCAAGGAAAUAAAAGCGAAGUGGACCUUGUCUGACCUCUGAACUACCCUACUCUGUGAGGAAAAAUGAAAGUAUAAGUUGAAAACUAAAAUGUUAGUUGCCUACGUCCCUUUUUACCUUAACACAGCUAUUUUAAAAAUGUAUUUUCUAUGUGCAUGAGCGUUAUGGGUCAUUCUAAGCAAUGUACGUAUUGUAUUUUUUCCACACAGUUUUUUACAUUAAUAAUUAGUAGGUUGUGUGGUUGGCCAUUUAAUUACAUUUUUUUGUUUUCUGCUACUGUAGUUAUAAUAAAUAAUGUAUUUUUGAAGCAGCUAAGCAUUGUGCAUUUAUUUUAACCGUAAGGCAUGAGAAAUUAACAAGAAAAUUUUUUCUACGUUACCUUAACAUCUUAAGAAAACAUUUGCUAUAUAUCAUUAAGGUAAAUAGUGUUUUGUGGAAGUUGCUCUGUUUUUAUGUGUGUUUGCAUAUUGGAUCAUGAUGUAAAAUAUAUUUCUGUGGGUCACAGAAAAGUGUUAAUGAUUAACCAUCUCUACUUGGGAAUCAGACUGCCUGAAUUCAGAGCCUCCCUCUGCCUAACUGGCUGAAUGAAUUUAAGCAGGUUAAUUAAGUUGUAUACAGACCUUUCUUCACCUGUAAAAUGGGUUGAUGAUGCCUGUUAUUGUAUGUGGUAGUGUGAUAAUUAGAUAUGGAAGUAUAUGAAGAAUUCUUGGCACAGUGAUGCUGUGGGGGAUUAUAGUUGUUACUUUGCUCCUUAAAAUUUGUUUAAACUUUUUAUUCUUGGUCUAGAGCAGUUAAAAAAACUUUUUUAAAGAUUUUCUUUCCUUGUUCUACUGGUUAGACAGGGUCUUUCCAAUUUUUUGCUAUUUGCAGGUAGUAUACAGUCUUUCCUUAGACACCUGUAAGAGCUCCUCCAGUCAGAAACAAAUAGAGCAACCAUGGAGCAUUGCCAAAUUUCUGUUGAAUUUGUAUUAAGUUCCAUUUUUACCAACUUGUUUUUUUGGGUGUGUUGUUUUGUUUUGUUUUGUUAUGUUUUGUCAACCCUCCCUUCUAUCCCUAUGAAAAUUUGACCUUUCAAGCCAUUCUGUGGCCAUGUAGUAUUUAUUGAAAUAUUAACUUGCAUGUCUCGCUUACUAGUGACCUUAAGCAUCUUUUUUUUGCGUCAGGUUUUAUAUAUUAGACCUUUUCUGUCUUUAUUGAUUUGUAAGAUGUCUUUAUAUGUUCUGCAUAGUAAUCUAGUAAUCCAUUGUCUGCAAUAUCUAGUGCAAAUAUCUUUUCACACUUUCACUUGUUUUGUUUUUGGGUUUUUUUUUUUUUGUCAUAUAGAUGGUUUGAUUUUAACGUGUCAAAAUCAUUAGUGUUACUUUUAAGGGCUGUGUUUUUUGUGUAGUGCUUUAAAAAAAAUUCUCCCCAAUCCUAAUAUUGUAGAUAUUUUCUAAUAUUCUGAGUGUUCAAAAUUUUGACCUUCACACCUGUGUUUUUAAUCUGUUUUUGUGUAUGAUGUGAGGUAUAGGUAUAAUUUUUGUUUUUCCUAUAUAGAUCGCCUAGCACCAAUGUUUUAUAGUUUAUCCUUUGCACACUGAUUAAUAAUACACCCUCUAUUAUAUACCAGCAUCUCACUAAUUUAUGUCUAGGACUGGAUUGCUUUAUUUGCUGUACGUUUGUUAAUACUAUGCUAUUAUAAUUCCAUAGCAUCGUAAUAUAAGUUUUUUUCCUAGUUCUUCUACCUUUUUAGUUUUGUCUUCUUUGCAUUGGCUGGAACUCCAAUACAGUUUUUGAAAAGAAGUGGUGACCACAGGCCUCAAGUUGUUCCUGAUUUUAAAGGGAAUAAUUUUUAAUUUUGUAUGAAGUGUGGUGUUUGCUGUUAGUUUUUCUCCCUAUAAAUAUAUAAUAUUUAAUUGGGUUAUUUAAUUUCUCUCAUGUUCCUAGCUAGGUCAGAGAUGUUUAGAAAAAUUAUGAAUGGCUUUUAAAAUUUGUAACAUGCUCUUUGUGAAUUGGCUAAUAUGAUUAAUUUUUUAUUUUUACUCUAACUUUGGCAUAAUUUUUGUGUAAUUUAGUGUAAUGACAGUGAUAGAUAUUUCUGUUGUGCCACAAUUCUUGAAUUCCUGGGGCAAACACU